CAAGCACGAACUUAACUUGUGCCAGCUUCCUUUGCGAUUUAUGUGUGUUUGCAGGUAAUUUCUGCUUCUAAAUUAUCGAGGCCCACGGGAGUGGGUUCCCUUAGUCGCGCACCUGCGCCAGGGCGACUCUCUAAGGUUUGCACUCGUGUUCGCGGAUAUGCCAAUGCUGAGUGAUCUGUUUUGUUCCGUGGUUCGAAAUGUGGAUCCAUCUUUCUACACCUCAUUAUUUUUGUCGUUAAACAUGCACGAAUCGAGCGAUUGUACUAGAUGAUUGGUCGGUAAUUUAUUGUGUUGUGUCAACGUUGCUGUUGUUGGCGGGCACGAAAGAAGGCAGCUCGUGCGGCCAGGCAAUGAAUUGGACGCGAACCUACAACAAGAAACACAAGAGACGAGUAGUGAGGUUGAAACUCACAGUCUUGAAGAAGAAGGGACACAGAAGUAGAGCUAAGCCGAAAUCGAAAAUAGGUAUAAGAAGCUGCGCUUCGUUUUUCUUUUUCUUUAGCUUGAGGUCAGGACGACCCUCAGUCAAGGAUUCCGCUGCAAACACGAACAGUGUAUUUCUUAGCUACAAAAUCACUUUGCAGUGUUGAUAGAAAAAUUCCACCGGGAAGCUCAUAGGAUACGGCCAGGUGGAACAUACAAGCGUAACGCUCGCAAACAUGCUAACUCUAAUGAAAAACGACGCGGUGACCCGCGUGAUGCGGCAGGAGGUUGACGUGCGGCAAAAAGAGCUCAACUGGUACACUUCAAACUACGGCAGCAUUAUCGGUCAAGCUGCCAUGCUUGCGGGUUUUGCGUUUUCUCAACUCACGAAAAAGCUUCCGGACGACGAAGACGUGCCGUCGUAUGUGACGCAGAUGUGGUACAAUGAUGAUGUCGCCGUCAUUCUCAUUUUUCUAAAUCCAGUUGCAUUGUGAUACAUAGAGAAAUUCUUGGCUCAACCCCUGCAUUCUUCAAAAAUCUCCAAUCACAGGUACCUCGGUUUUACCUGCAUCGCGAUCGGUCUGGAGCUCGUGGUCAUCUUUGGGUGCACCUACAUGAGCAAUUGGGGCCCAGGUUUGGCGCUCCGCGGGCUACAGGGCACCGCGGAUCUCCACCGCGCGGUUGCCGGGUUGCGCGAUUUCCAGAUGCUGUUUUUCAUCCUGUUCAUUCUCGGGUGGGUGUGCUACUUCAUUUCAUCCUUAUUCCAGCUUUGGAUCUAUUUCGACCACUCGGUCGCGUCGAUUGUCAUAAUACCGAACGCCUGUUUCGUCGUGCUGAUCUGCUACUACAGCGUCUCAAUCACGACCAUGCUGCGGAUUCCCUAUGACCAAGCAGUGGAGGGCAAGAUGGACCUGUUCUCGCCCUACGAAGUCAUCGGGGACAUCGACGACGGAAUCCACAAAACGGAAGCGGGUUGGAUGGCGAAAGACGGUCGGUACGCGCCAAUACUGGAAGCCGCGCAGCGGGAAGACUCGCAUUUCUACGAAGAUCCGGGGAGGCAUGGAAGUCCGAGCGGAGGUGGAGGUGCAACGUCUGCUGUAGGAAGCUUGUUGACGACGUUCCUCGGAGGCAGUGCGGCGGCGUCAUUCGGGGGACUACAGCCAGGGGGUGCCGGGGGAUCACCGACGCGCGGCUCGCCCGGCCCAGGAGGCGGCGCUGGAGGAUAUUUUCAAGGCAUGUUUUGAUAGACAGCUAUGCCCUGCCGUGUCGUUGAAGCGAGGAGGUGCUGAAGAUGUGUAGUUCUCGACCACAAAAAGGUCACUCUUUGCACUCCGAUGUGGUCUGCUUGGGGGGAAUGAGAAGAGCACUAUCGGCCUCAUGGCAUGGCAUCCGAUUCUCAAUUAAAAUCUGCGUCUGCCUGCCAUCGCGCACGCGCUCAAUGUUGUACAAUUGACCCAGCGGUCGGGCCCGAGCAGCCACCGCACGAGAGGUGUUUCGAAGAAAAAA